AACAAUUCUCACAGUGCCAAAAUAUGUGCUCCUAUGUGCUUUUUCCACUGGCUGAAACACUCAGCCAUUUAUGUACUCACUGUGUUGUACAAAGCUGCAUCAUACAGCCUGACAUUUGGAAGUGUGGGGUUUGUGAUGAUCUUAAAUACAGUCGACUUUCACAGACACUUCAUUUCUACCCGCCAUUUUUUCCAGGGCAAAAAGAGUGCCGAGCCAGAGACUACAGUUCUGCAAGCAACAGAGACUCACACAGAAGGAGAGACUGACGUAUUGGGGGAAGAUGUCGACACUGAUUCCUUAGAGCCAGAUGGGGAAGAGGUCCUUGUUGUAUCAGAUGAAGAUGAAAUUGAAGAUGAUGUUGCAGAUUUUGAAUUAACAAAUGCACCUGAAACAACAAAUACACCUGAAACAGCAAGUACACCUGAAACAGCAAAGGCACCUGAAGAGGAGGAAGGUGUAGCAAAGGCAGAGGAAGACAACCCUGAAGACUGCAAACCCAACAUCCCUGGAUCUGAAGAAAAAUGUGAUGGCACAUCUGAAGAGGAAAGCAAUUUGCCAGAGGGAGCCAGUACAGCGAGCUCGCCCCACACUGAUGGUGAAAGUGGGAACAAAACCCCCACCAGUGAUGACAUUGAAGGGAUCAAAACAAAUAUCGCAGAAUCUCAAAAAUACCUAAAAGCUGCACUGAAAGUUUAUGAAGAAGAUGAAGGAAUUACAGUUGAAGAAACAACUCAAGAUACGACUGCCUUGAAAGCAGACGACAAAGAUGAAGGGAUUCCUGAAGAAGGAGCUAUGGAAGGUGCUGAUGUAGAGGAUGGAGGAAGUGAUGAGGAAGAAUCAGAUGAUGAUGUGACAAGUUUCCCCUGUCCAACGUGCAGGAAAAAUGUGGAGUUUGAGAGGGGGAGGGGACUGGAAAGUCUGCGUAGAAACAUCACACUGGAGAACAUCAUUGAAAGGUUCAGGUAUCGAGAGCUGGCAAAGGGAACCAAACGAUCGCCCGUCCUGUGUGACGUGUGUGACGCAGACCCCCCUCCCAAAGCCACCAAAACAUGCCUGACGUGUCAGAUCUCGUACUGUGAUAACUGUGUGAGGACCACCCACCCCAGCAACAAGAAGGCUUUUGCCAGGCAUAAACUGGUGGAGCCACAGCAGGCAAAACGAAAGGUGCUGACCUGCCCUGACCAUGAGGAUGAGAAGUUGAACAUGUUCUGCUGUGUGGAUGAGAUGCCCAUCUGUGCCCUGUGUAAACUGGUGGGGAAACACAGCGAACACAAGGUGGCAGCACUCGCACAGAUGUACAGGGCUAAAAAGGAAUCGGUGGCAGACAGUGUGUCCAGAUUGGAGAAAGAGUUAAAGGAACUUGGAGCAUUUGUGACCAAAGUGAAACAGUCCAUCACUGAACUGGAGAUGAACAGUGAAAGCUUGAAGUCUCAGCUGUCGUUGGCAAUAGAAGAACUGUGUGGAAACUUACAGAACAGGAGAGAGGCUAUGGUGAAGGAAGUGGAACAGGAAAAAGAAGUACAGCUGGAGCUCCUGCAGGUAGAGCUGGCCACACAUGAGGAGCAGGUGAAGAAGAUGGAUGCACUGAUGAUGUAUGCUAAGGAGGCACUGAAGGAGGAGGACCAUGCCAGCUUUCUACAGAGUGUGAGAGAGGUGGAUGGGAGCCCCUGGACCAGUAGAAAUCCUGCGGGAAGCCUGCCAUGCCACCAGUGGUAAAGCUAUCCUACACUGGCAGCCAAAGACUAAAGGUGUUGUUGACAGCUACACAAUCACCUGCCUUAUCAAAUCGCUGUCCUGGACAGAGGAGAUCGCAAAGGUGACCUGCCCACAGCCUUACCAGAUCUUCACCGACCUCAGGCCCAGCACAAAGUACAUCUUCCAGAUCUGUGCUAACAACAAGUGUGGGCCUUCUCCUGCUGAG